CGAACAUUCACUCUCUAAAAAAGCCAACAUACAAUACAAUACCCUACCUUACGCACCUUCAGACAGUACCACAACAUGCCUUUAACUAGCAAUCGCUUGUCAAAAGUGCAAAAGCACAUCACGAAGAAGAAGGGUAAAGAUCUAAAUCUCCAUGAGAACAGCCGCGACACAAAGCGACUUCACAGUGCCCAUAUGCGAGACAAUAAACUCAACCGACUGGCCUCAGUCCGGGAAAAGCAGAACAGACCAUUUCUCCUCCGAAUCAAAUCCUUCCAAUCGUACACAGUCGAACACGACGAGCCCUGCACAAUCCCAGAACUUCAGCGCAUGAUCGAAGACUACCUCGGCCGCGAUGACGAUGAAAUUUCGAAAUUACAGGCUGAGCGCCGCGCUGGCAGGCCGCCCAGCACGCGGGAGACGCUUCUCAAACAGAAUAGAGACGUCGAACAGGGCGAAUACACAUCCGGAUUCUGGUUGCCGGAGUUGGAGGAUAUGGAGGUUUUGAAGAAGUUGAAGGCCUGGAACGGACAAUGGGCGAAUCUGGCGACAAUGAAGUUCGUCAGACUGUCGAGGGAUGGUGUCAAGAAGGAAUCGAGUUUCCCGCCCAAGGGACUGUCGUGAGGAAGUUUUGAUAUACAAAAGAUUGGUCAAACAACGAUUUCGAACACGUGCGUUGUCCAACUCCUAGACGGCCUGAGACAGCCUGCGCAGCGUACCGUUCAAGACGUGAGGGAAAGUCAUGAAUCGAGUUCAAGUUACGACAAUUGCCCCGGACGUUGCAAAGAUUAUGUUGGUAAUGUCCUGUAUAGUCCUCCAGACAGUCGAGAGAACGGGCAAAAAAGCCAUCUCGCGGGCGCGAACUUUUGUUCGGCGAUUUCACAAUUGACUGAAUGAUGGAGUAUAAAAGAGUGGAGAUUUAUAUACCCAGUACAAGCGUACUCACAGACUAUCAAGACAAGCAAUUUAAUGAUUCCAAC